CAUUCUGAACUUAACACUAUUCCUAUUGUCAUGAUCGACAACAAUUCACUUAUCAAGAAUAUCCUACAGCUAAACAAAAACAUGAUAGAAGAUAUCAAGCAAUUAAUAACAAACAUUCACCCUUUCCCCAUACUAAACUUGACAACAAAAGAUAAUCUGGUCUUCAUAGAAAAUAAGGAAAUCAAUCUAAUACUGCACUUAGAUUAUGACCAACCUAUCAAU